AUGCUGUGGCCACGCGAAGAGUUCCACGCCGCCUACACGCAGAUCAAGCACGACGCAGUGCAAUCCAACGGCCAGUGCAGCGUGCUCCUUCUCGUGGCUCUGGACGUGGACGCGCUAUGCGCCGCUGAGAUCCUCACGCGUCUUCUGCGUGCAGAUCUCGUGAGCUACGCGCUGCUCGCUGUGCGGGGCUACGAAGACGUGCUUCUUGCUCGUGAGACGCGCAUUUGUAGCGCGGACGGAGUCAGGAGAGGCGACGGCGCCCUGCGGUCGGUCAUUAUGCUGAACUGUGGUGCCAUUGUCGACGUGGCGAAGCUCCUAGCGCUGCCACCGCACAUCAAGUGCUACGUGCUGGACAGUCACCGCCCUAUUCACUUGGCAAAUAUUUACGAUACGGACGAGCAGAUUGUCGUGUUUGACGACGGCGCGCUGGCUCGUGAAGACUAUCCAGCCUGUGGUUCGGAUCUUGAAGUGGAAGAUUUUGAUCAAGAGGAAGAGGAGGACGAGGAGGAUGAGAGUGACGGGAGUGAUGAGAGUGAAGCAGAGGUGGACUGCUUUGCUAGUACAGAGGGCAAAUUGGAUGGUGAGGAGCACGAAAAAGACUGCAGUGGGAUGGACAAGAGGAAGCGAGAGGAGGAGAGCGAGGGAGACGAUGCAGGUGAAGAGACAGGUUUGGUGCAGUGUAUCAAGAAGAAGAAAGAGGACGACGGCAGGCUGGAUGUUGCGGACACUGACGACGAAAUCUUGGACGAAAGUAUGGCGAUGGCCAAACGUCGACGUCGAGAUGAAAUUUUACGGUACUAUCGAGGGUCGUUUCACGGCGCCCCGGCGGCGACAGUCGCAUUUGAAUUGGCACAGCAGGUGAACAACUCGCAGCGCGAUCUGCUCUGGUUUGCGAUCAUUGGAUUGACUAAGCAGUUUGUGCUCGAAGAAAUUGAUGCAGACAACUACAACCUUAUGAUUGCUCGGUUCCAGGAUGAGGUAUUAGCACUCAAUGCGCCGACGCUAGCCAGUGGUUUAGGUACAACUGACGACGAAGAGCGACAUCCGGGGUAUGACGACGGUAAGAUUAGCUUUGAGGAGGAAUAUCGUUUCAUGUGCUACCGUCACUGGUCCCUCUACGAAGCCAUGUAUUACUCGGACUACGUAGCAUCAAAGCUUGGACUCUAUCACGAUCAAGCACGCCGUGUCGGUGCACGAAAUUUAUCGGAAAAUAGCGGCAAUGGGGUAGGAGACACGGCACUACAUGUAUUUCUAGCGCGCAUGGGCUUUUCACUGCGGCAGAGUCAGCAGAAGUUUUCGUACAUGCCAUUGGAAAUGAAACAGAAGCUGCGCGAGAAGACGCAGGAGAUGGCACCCGAGUUCGGUUUGGACGAUUUAUUCUACGGCUCUUUCAAGCGAACGUUUGCGUUUCAAUACCAGCUGUGCGCAGCUGAUGCUUUCUACGGAUUGCAGGCACUACUAGAGGUGCCUGAGAGUUACAUUGCUUCAGUGUUUGAGAUGGAAACGCAGCAUCAAAGCGCUUUAAUGAGUCUGCUGUCACUGGAUUCUAUCAUGUCUUCCAGUGUCAAUAACAGUAAGAUUGCAUCACAAGGCGACGAAGAUGAACCUAACACUGAGGACACAGCAACUGAAACGUCACGUCUAGAUGAUUUUCGUCAGCAAAACUUCAUGUUUGCACACACAGCUCUCGCGUGUCAAUCGGUCACGUCUAGUAAGCUCAUGGAAAGUGGCAUCAAAGUAUCCAUGUCGCUCAAGCAAGCUAUCGUUCGCGUAGGACUCUCAAUCAUGGAGCGCAAGCUUUUAGUUCGGGUGAAGCACUUUCGCUAUGUGUGCCUGAAUGUACCCGAGCGCGAGCAGGACCUCUUUGCAAAUGCCAACGUCCUGACGCAGCUGGCUCUGUUCUUGCUUAAUGUACACCGUGCAAGUGGCAAGUGGGGUGGUCUCAAUGCUUCGGUCCGACGAAAACCAAAAGGAGAGGAUACCGAGGACGGUGAUACAGAGGAAGACAUACGUAUGGCGAGCAAAUCCAUUGUCCCGCUGGUGCUCAUCACACGCAACCCGGCGCAGAAUUGUUUUCUGGUCAUAGGAUUGACCUGUCCAUCCACACCUGGCGAGAUUCAUCGAAACACUUUGGGAACAGCAUUCAAGUUGGCUGCUAACGAGACUGGGGCAAACUUUCGUCAGGAUGGCUUUACGAGUGCCGUGAUGGAGAUUCAGAUUGACGAGAUCCAACAUUUUGUCGAGCAAUUACAUAACGUACUCGAUGCUUGA